GCGCAGCAUCCAGAUCUACAACCACAUCAGAGCAGCACAACAUCCAGCAGGAUGUGCGGGGUGGACGUGGACCUGGACGAUAACGGCGUGGAGGACAACAAUUCCCACGAUGCCGUGCAGCUGUUGGCUCCUCCCCCGGCGGAGUGUGAGGGCACGGCGUGGGGGUCACGGCGGGGUCCCGUGGCGUGUGUGUUCUGUGGGCUGGUGGCGGCGGUGUGGAACGUGGGAGUGGGCGUGGCUUGUGUGCUGAUGAUGGGCGUGGUGUUUGGGGCGGUGCUGAUGCUGCCGGCGCUGCUGCUGUACGCUGGAUUCCUCUGUCACUCACGGGUGCUGGCAUCCCCCUCCCGUAUCUGCGGUUACCUUGACGACAACAGUAGCUCCGCCCUCAUCAUUCUUGGCUUUGUGAUGAUGUCACCGUUAGUCGUGGUCGCCGCGGCGAUCUUCUGCAGCCUUCUCCGACGGUUCCGCCUCCUCCAGCUCUUUCAGCCAAUCAGCUCGGCCCAAUAUAAGGGGCGGGGCUUUGGCUGGAGACGGGACGUCCACGCCUGGGUCUGAUGGACUGCUGAUCCUCACACACACACUUUUACACACUUACAUACACACACACAUUAGUUAGCAGAAACGAUUCCCACUACAGUCGGUGUUCCGAUGCAGCCGCUGCGUCUUUCUGUCGCUUCAAUUAAAGAAUUUCC